AUGGCGGUGUGUUGGGGGCGGCGCGGCUGCUGUGCGCAGCUGGGCUUGCGGCCCUCUGCGGCGGCGCCGUGCCUUCUUGUCCUUGUCGUCUUCGUCCUCCCUCUGCUGCUCCUGUUCGCCCCGCACCGCGCAGCCGCCCAAGCCGCAAUUCCUGGCGCCCCAGUGAAGUUGCUGGUGCUGAGGCAAACUGAUCUUGGCAUAUUCACCAAGCUCGCUACCCCGUUUUACGCCGGCGUGUAUGCCUCGCUGAGGGCGCACAACUCCACGGCCGCGGACGACGUUCGGGUUGAAAUUGUCGAAAGGGAGACGAAAUCGCACAAUACUGUCACCGUCCUGGAGGACGCGAUGGAGAAAGACAAGGACAUCCUCACUCUUUUGGCACAGUUUGGCUACGCUUCCGUGAUGAAGGUGCUUCCGGUCUUGCCUCGCUAUGGCCUCGUCUCUUUUGCCCCGUUCACUGGGUCGAGCGUGGUGCGUGGGUGGAGCCCCAACGUGUACUUUGUGCGCGCCACCCCUACGGCGGAGCUGCUGGCCCUUCUUCGCUACGCUG